CAGGGCAAAGGUGGUGGCGCUCCGCUGCUUGGCUGGUGGCUGUGCAAGCGCGGUUUCUGGCUUCUGGUUGCGAAGGCGGCCUGGCCGCGACGUGCAGCUGCUGGUGGGCAGGUGUACUGAUGUCAACAGACUAUGAGCUUUCAGAACCUCUGGAGAGACUACAAAGUUCUGAUUGUUAUGGUACCUUUAAUCGGAUUCAUACAUUUGGGGUGGUACAGAAUCAAAAGCAGCCCUGUCUUCCAAAUUCCUAAGGACGAUACCACUGAGCUGGAUAGUCUGGGGCUUGCAAGUCUACCAAAGAGCCAGGAGAAGUAGCAGGCUUGCAGUUUUCAGAAAGAAGCAACUUUGAAUCUGAACUUGAUAAUAAAAGAAGAAAUGAAAAACCCCAGUUGGAUUAGAAAGAACUGGCUUCUUGUGGCUGGGGUGACUUUCAUAGGCGUCCAUCUUGGAACAUACUUUAUACAGAGAGUUGCAAAAGAGUCUGUGAGGUCUCAGUCCAGAGACAAACAAAAGAAUAUUGAAGAAUGACGCAAAAUAAAUAUUUGGGAUUAUUAAUGUCAUUAAAUUAAUCUAUGCUGGUUAUUGUCUGAAAACCACUUGAUUUUGUAGCCGGUAAUGCUGCAUGUGCAGACUUUCAUACCUGGAAAUAGUCUUUAAUGUUCAAACACAUGACACUGCAAUAAAAUGAAAACCAUGUGAACAAACUAAAGCUGCCUUCUCAAGUUACACCUGAAGCAAGAUGUCUCGUUUAGAAGCCAAGAAGCCAUCAUCGUGUAAAACUGAACCAUUGACAAGUGAGAAAGUCAGGUCUACACUUUCUGUCUUGAAAGGAAUCAUAGUCUCAUGCUAUGGCCCUUCAGGGAGGCUGAAGCAGUUGCACAAUGGAUUGGGAGGUUGCGUGUGUACAACCUCACAGUCCUCAGCCCUGCUUCGAAACCUUUCAGUCACCCAUCCCAUAUUAAAGGUCCUAAUGUCAUCUGUACAGAAUCACGUGUCCUGCUUCAGUGACUGUGGCUUAUUCACAGGUAUUCUGUGCUGCAACUUGAUUGAAAAUAUUCAGAGAAUAGGUUUGACACCCACAACUGCUAUUAAAUUAAAUAAAUACCUCUUGAGUCUCUGUACCAGUUAUCUCAAGUCUGAAGCCUGUAGUUGUCGAAUUCCAGUUGACUUCAGAAGUACACAUACCUUCCUCAGCUUGGUACGCAGUGUCUUAACAAGCAAACCAGCCUGUAUGCUCACCAGAAAGGAAAUAGAUCACAUAAGUGCUUUGAUUUUGAAAGCUUUUUUGCUUACAAUUCCAGAAAGUGCAGAAGAACGAAUGGUUUUAGGGAAAAGUAUAAUUGUUCCCUUAAAGGGCCAAGGAGUCAUAGAUUCUACUGUAUUACCUGGACUACUCAUUGAAGCAUCAGAAGUUCAAUUAAGGAGAUUAUUACCCACCCUAAAGACAAGUGCCCUUAGGGUGGCACUCUUCUGUGCAUCUUUAUCUGGAGAUUUUUCUAAUGUUGGAGAAGGAACUGUGGUGGUCCAUUAUAAAGUAUCUCUUGAGAAUGCAGUUUUAGAGCAGUUGCUUAAUCUAGGAAAGCAGCUAGUCACUGACCAUGUAGAUCUUGUCCUGUGCCAAAAAGUAAUACACCCAUCUUUGAAACAGUUCCUCAAUGAGCAUCACAUUAUUGCCAUCGACAGAGUUGGAGUGACUCUGAUGGAACCUCUGAGCAAAGUGACAGGAGCAACGCCUAUUGGUUCCCUAAACCCAAUAGUUUCUACUACAUAUGGAAGUGUGAAAGAUGUGUGCUGUGCAAGAUUUGGCUCCAAACAUUUUUUUCAUCUUCUUCCUAAUGAGGCAACUGUCUGCAGCUUGCUUCUCUGCAGCAGAAGUGACACUGCCUGGGAGGAGCUGAAGCUCACGUGUCAAACAGCAAUGCAUGUCUUGCAGUUAACAAUCAAGGAGCCAUGGGUUUUAUUGGGAGGUGGUUGUACGGAAACACACUUGGCUGCAUAUAUCAGACACAAGGUUCAUAAUGAAGCAGAAGCUAUUGUCAGAGAUGAUGGGUGUUCUCAGGCAGAGCUCCACAUUGCUGCUGAAGCAUUUUGCAGUGCUCUGGAGUCCGUGGCUGGCUCUUUGGAACACGAUGGUGGUGAAAUCCUCAUUGACAUGAAGUAUGGACACUUUUGGUCCUGUCAAGCAGAUUCUGCCUCUCUUGGUAACUGGCCAGAUACACUGUCACAGUGUGGCUGUGGUUUGUACAACAGCCACAAAGAGCUCCACUGGUCUGUCCUAAGAGGCACUUAUCAUCCUUUUGCACCACAAACCUGCCUUCCACAGGCAGCUGUGGGCUCAGCCAGCAGCCUGACUGUGGACUGUUUCACUGCCAAGCUGAGUGGCCUACAGGUGGCUGUAGAGACAGCCAAUUUGAUUUUAGAUCUUUCAUAUGUCAUUGAAGAUAAAAACUAGCAUAAGAGAAUGGCAUAUAUACGUUAUGAAACAAACUGGUUCAGGUGUCUAAGAGAGCAUAUUGCUCUCUCCCAAAGGCCUGUUCUUCAUAGGUGAACAGAUGAUUUGUAAAAGUAUACUUAUAUACAUGUACACUUAAAGAAGAUUAUGGUUGUUAAAUAGAAAUUUAUAAACUAAUAAAAAUUGUUGAUAGCUUUAUAUCAUCACCAUCACCCCACUUUUGGAGGUUUACAAACACUAAAGAUAGUAUGUCACCUAGGAAUAUGGAAAUUGCCCUGAUGCUGCUUCUCCAAGUUGUUCCAACAAGGGAUGACCUG